AUGAAGACCCUGAGCCGAUUGAAGCUCCUGCGGAAAAGUUUCCAGGGCACCGAAGUCCGAGUCCACGCUCCAGCGACGGAAGGCUCGCCCCAGGCCAUCAGUUUACUCGGGGGCGAAGUGCCAGAACAGGUCUGGCUAGUCUUGCGCUCAGGCUUAGUUGCCUGGUUGGACAAUUACGAGACUUCCAUCCUGGGAAACAGCGAGCUCGGAAGAGUGACUGGUGGCUGCCCCGCAAUUUGUGGUGAUCUUUCACCAGCCUUCAGUCUUGUGAUUAGAGAGGCUCCAUGGGAUGUGACACAGCCUGCCCUGUCCAUACGCCAGCUUGCGGAGACAGCGAUAUUGGUCUCCCGUAUUUCCUUGGAGCUGCUUAUGGUGCGUCUGCAAGGCAGCUUUGACAUCGAAGACAUCCUUCUUACCACCUGGGGGAAACAGCAUCUUCAAGAGCUGGAGGCUUCACAGACCGUGUUGUUUGUUAAGUGCAGAAGUGCCGGCAGUCGGAGCGCAAGCCCCACACUGCCACCCGACAGGAUGGGCAUCCUCGCAAGAAGCUGUGAACAUGCUCUUGCAGCUGAGGCCCAUUUGCGCCGCUGUGUUGUGGAAAUGAUUCUUCGUGACCGUCGUCGACUUCGGCCGGAACCUCCGCCCUCCACGCUCCUAGGCGUGGUAUGGUAUGGAGACUGGUGGGAGACAGUGGAGCCUGUGGACAUUGACACGUGGUGGUUCGAGGAUAGCAUCUCCGGCUAUCACGACCGCUCUUACCUCUUCGACAUAGCUGGCAUUCAAAAUAUUAAGGAUAUUGAGGAUGCGCUUGAACAGCUUUCGGAUCCCCUUAUUCGUCAUUCCAUUUCCCGUAUGGUUUCCCAUGGAGAACGUUUCCGGCAAAAAUGCAGCUGCUGCGACCAAUACGACCUUCUGUUGAUUUGCGCCGGGCAGCUGUGGUCGAAUCCUCCUGGUGGAUUGAUGAGAAGUCUGAACCGGUAUCGUUUCGGUGUUGCUAGCAGGACCGGUGCUCUGCCCAGAUUUCACGAUGCUCUUUUCAGGUUUUCGGUGGAAAACUUGCGGACAGGUUUGGAAACAUCAGAAGGAAGCCUUCAAGAGCUUCGCGCAGAGCAGCUGCGAGCACGCAUGGAGAAUGCAGAGCUGGAGCAUCGAGUGCAGCAGUUGGAGGCUCGCGUGAGGACAUCAGAAAUGCAGCUUGGGGCUAUGUCGUGGCUCUUUCCCACCUUUGCAGAAGUGGCCGAGUUUGCAAGGAGCAUACCCGCACUGCGACCUUCCGACGAGGCUGAACCCCUCCCGGUUCUGGCGCUGCGCUUCACCCACCACGCCGUGAAUGCCCACUUUGCUUUCGGCGAGGAGCACGAGAAUCGGCAAGAGUCCAUCUUCAAGCUGUUUCUGGGCCUCUUCAUGGGGCACCUGAAACCUGAAGAGCUCGAGCCUCUUUACGCCUUCAAGCACCAGGGGCCUGAUGGCACCAUGGGGCUCUACUCACGGAACAACCGUCGUCUGGUGGCCUUGCUCAUGUUUCAGGC